AUGAAACAUAGAACACUCUUAUCCACCUUCAGUUUCUUUUAUUCUUUUCCCCUUAUUAUUCGCUCGUACAUAAUAAUCUUUUUCCUUCUUCUAACAAGAAUCACUCUGUGUUCUGUGAAUCCAAAGUUCCAAGCAUGUGAGCCCAAAACUUGCGGUGGUGAUACUAAUCACCAAAACAUAAGCUUUCCCUUCUACAUCAUAUCAAAACAAAACUCCUACUGUGGUCUCCCUAAUUUCGGACUCACUUGCUCUCACGAUGGCUUCCCAAUCGUCAAUAUCUCAGGAGCUCUAUACGCUGUCCAAAACAUUUUCUACAGCAACCAAUCACUUCGAGUGUCCAUCCCUGCGCUCUCGGGGCUAAGAACCACCGAAUGUAUUGCCCCAGUGAGAAACUUCACCGGCCGCAGCAAAAGGUUCAUUGUUGCUUCGAAGCAGAAGCAAGUGUUGCUGUUGUAUGGCUGUGAAAACAUGCAAGAGCAUAGUAUUGGGUGUUCAGCUGAAAACAGAACGAGAUCGGUUGUGGCGCUUUAUGGGGAUGACGUUGACAAUUUGACGUUGGCGAGGAAGAAUUACAGGGGGACAGUGAGCGUAACGUGGGUGGAAGAUGAGAAAGGAGGGGUUGAAGAGGCGCUGAGAAGAGGGUUUUUGCUGAAUUGGACGGCCGAAAAUUGCAGCGAGUGCUCGAGCAGUGGUGGGAGGUGUGGGUUCGAUGAAGAAGAAUAUACUUUCAGGUGCUAUUGUCCUGAUAGAAUUGAUUCAGAGAGGUGUUAUUCACAACCAGGUAGUGGCUGGACCCGGCAAAAGAAGGUCAUUAUUGGUGCUACAGCAGCUGCAGUAAUUGCAGGAUUGUUGAGUAUUUGUUAUUUUAUCUACAUGUUACCAAGAUGGCGAGAAAAAUACUGCUUUUCAACAAAGGGUAACCAAGAUAUUGAAACUUUUUUAAAAAAUCAUGGAGUGUUAACUAUAAAAAGAUAUAAAUUUUCUGAUGUGAAGAAAAUGACCAACUCCUUCAAAGUUAAACUAGGACAAGGUGGUUUUGGUGUUGUAUACAAGGGAAAGUUAUCCGAUGGUUCUAAUGUGGCAGUCAAAAUGUUGAAUCCAUCCAAAGGAAAUGGUAAAGAAUUUAUCAAUGAGGUAGCUAGCAUUAGUAGAACUUUUCAUGUUAAUGUUGUCACCCUUUUUGGAUUCUGCUUUGAAGGCCGCAAGAAAGUUCUUAUUUAUGAAUUUAUAUCAAAUGGUUCCCUUGACAAGUAUAUUUAUAUAAAGGAAGGAGUUGAAACUACUACAUUGUUGAGUUGGGAUAAGCUGUAUCAAAUUGCCAAAGGGAUAGCUAAGGGGUUAGAGUACUUACAUAGAGGAUGCAACACCCAAAUUUUACAUUUUGACAUAAAGCCGCAUAAUAUUCUUUUGGAUGAAAAUUUUUGUCCUAAAAUUUCAGAUUUUGGACUAGCAAAACUUUGUCUUGGGAAGGAAAGUCUUAUUUCAGAUUUUAGAGUACUUUAUAGUUACGGAAUGAUGCUUCUUGAUAUAGUGGGAGGAAAGAAGAACAUUAAUGUAGAAGGGAGUCAAACAAGUGAGAUAUAUUUCCCUGAUUGGAUAUACAAGAAGCUUGAGCAACGCACUCAAUUAGGACCUGAAGAUGGAGUGGUGGCAAUAGAGGAAAAUGAAUUGGUUAAGAAAAUAACGAUUGUGGGUUUAUGGUGUAUUCAAACAAUUCCAAAUGAUAGACCUACAAUGAGUAAAGUUGUCGAAAUGUUAGAAGGCAGCAUAGAUUCCAUAAAAAUGCCACCAAGACCUGCUCUGUCUUCUCCUGUAAGAUCAAUUUCAGAAUCUUCUACUUUGUUAAAUUAGUACAUCGCAUUAUAUUCAACACUUUGUCAUUGAGUACCAUGCAAACAUUGGUUCUUGUGUGCAUUCACUAAGAUACGUUGAUCUUGCUGCCUUGAGCAAGAAUGUUAUUUUUGAAAUUUUCACAUUAAAGGGAAGGAAAUAA